GCGAGUGCGCCGAUUUUUCCUGCGUAUGUGUGUGUACUUUUCGAUCUUUCGUAUCGUACAACCAUCCUGCAUUGAUCGUUGCUUCUAUCGAUUUCAUUUUCAUGGUUAUAGUAUCUUGCCGAUUUUUGCCGAUUUUUGCCGAUUUUCGGUGGCUCUGGUCAAAAAAGUAUGUGCGCGAGGCAAUAGCUCCAUUUCUGUAUGUCAAAGGCAGCACCGGUAGACAAGAGGCGAUAAAAGUGAAAAGGAGCGAAACAAGAAGAAGAGGAGCAAAACCGGCAGUGCCUGUCUCGCCGUUCAUACACACACGUACGAGAGACAUUGAGGCUGCAUUAUUUACUUUUUGCUCCAAGCGUACUUACUUACAUCGAGAAGACGAGCUUUUGAAAAGCGACAGCAGCGGCUACUGGAAGCUGCUGGUUCGGUCCAUGCUGCAUAGAGACGCGACGACUCAAAGAGGCGAGUCUGGCAUUAAGUACUCGCAUCGGUUGCGCGCCAUUGUUCGGUAAAAGGUGGUGUGCCAAGGGAGGAAAUCGUCGAAACUUAUUGCACGUAUUGCGAGCGGAAGAAGAAUCAAGCUCUUGCACGUGAGUUGGCAGCGGAAGGAGUAGUCCAGGAUUACCUAAUUUGGAUUUCCGAAGAAAUCGGUACCGAUUCGAAAGAGGAGCCAGUCAGUAUUACGGGCACUACAGUCGCCGAGAGGUGGCCUUCGAGGAAAACUCCGAGAUAAUAUCACAAAUACAAGAGAAAAAAAAUAAACAAAAACCAAACUCGUCCUUUAUCACAAGCGCCUAAUUUCAACGUCCUGCAUCACCAGGCGGUGUAAUGAAGAAUUUGCCAAUCAACGAACAUGAGUUGAACGGUAAGCAACACCACAUAGUCAACGGCAAAGAUGCCGAGGCUGCGGGUGGCGGUAACAAUUUAAUCAUCAACAAAAAGCACAUGAAUGGAAAAUGCAAUAAUGGCAGCAGCAUCGACGCGAUCCAGCGCUCAAUGGGCGACCUCGGACGCUGGCAGAUCUUCGUCUGCACGGCCAUAUCGUUGGUCAAGUUCCCGGUUGCCUGGCACCAGCUGGCCAUCGUCUUCAUGGCACCCAAACAGGAGUUUAGUUGCACAGCACCGGGACGUGGCAACGGGACGGACCAGUGCCACGCGAUGGUCAAUGGAAAUGUCGUCGACUGCACGGAGUGGGAGUUCAACAGGACAGUUUUUCCCGAGACGAUAAUAUCACAGUGGAACCUCGUGUGCUCGCGCUCAAACUACGCUGAUCUCCAACAGUCCAUUCUCAUGUUUGGCAUUUUGCUUGGUAGCAUAUCCUUCGGCUUUUUGUCCGAUAGGUUCGGCCGAAAGCCCCCCCUAAUGUUCUCGAUCGUGCUCCAACUGGUAUCUGGCAUCGGCUGCGCCGUCGUCCCGUGGUUUCCGGCUCUAUUGUUCCUGAAAUUUUUGAGCGCCGUCGCGACAGGCGGUACAAUGGUCACCAGUUACGUAAUAUGUAUGGAGAUAGUCGGGAAAAGUUGGCGAGCCGCUAUAACCAUCCUGUACCAAAUCCCGUACAGUCUGGGCCACAUGUCGCUGGCCGGUCUGGCUUACUGGUUCAGGCACUGGCAGCACCUGCAGAUCGCCAUGACCCUACCUUCCAUCGUGUUGCUGGGCUACUGGUGGGUCGUGCCCGAGUCGCCCAGGUGGCUCAUCGCCAUGGGCAAGCAAAGGGCAGCCUGCAAAGUCAUACGCAAGGCUGCCAAGAUCAAUAAACUGGGCGAGCAAGACGUGCAAGAGAUCGUUAGGAAGCAUUGCUUGCAUCAGAACUCCAAAAGGACAGAGACCGACGGUAGGGCUUCGUUCAUGGAUUUGUUCCGUACGCCCAAUAUGAGAGUGAAGUCGCUGUCGAUUUUCUUCAAUUGGAUCGUUUGCGGUAUGGGUCUGUUCGGGAUGACUCAGUACAUAGGCCACGUGGAAGGUGACAUUUUCUUGAAUUUCGCGCUGUCCGGCAUACUGCAAGUCCCGGGAAAUUUUCUUGCCUGGUACACCAUGAACGCGUACGGCAGGCGAGUCACGCUCAUCGGGAGCAACACGUUGACCGGCGUCGCGGCAAUUUUUUUGAUAUUCGUCGACAAAGAAUACGAUUGGCUCAAGUUGUUGUUCGCCUGCUGCGGCAUCGUAGGUAUGUCAGUUUCGUUCACAACUGUCUACCUGUACUCCGGGGAACUGUUUCCCACCGUGAUACGGAACAUUGGAGUGGGAACCAGUAGCAUGUGCGCGAGGAUAGGAUCCAUGCUGGCGCCUUUUGUAGUCUCACUGGGGAGCUACAAAUUGUGGUUGCCGCCACUUAUUUUUGGAAUACUGCCGCUGUGUGGGGCUCUUUUGUGCUUUUUACUUCCGGAAACUGUUGGCUGUGAGCUCCCAGAGACUUUGGAAGAUGGAGAGAAUUUCGGAAAAUCGGAGAAGUUAUUAGCUAAGAGCAAGGAGCAGAGCGAAAUCGAAAUGACCCUGUGAAGGCGAAGAAACUGAAUUCCAUAGCAAAAAAGUGCCUUUUGACAUGUUUCGAAAAACCAAGGGACGAUGUCAGAGCUUCGCUUUAGCGAUAAAACAAAAAGUUUUGCAAUUUUUUUUAUACUUAUUUAUUGCAUUGUCAAAUAAUACAAAAAGUAUUCGAUCUGUUGUCGAACUUGCCAAUUAUUGUACUUUUUAUGUAUGAUGUUUGCAACUGUAGGGAACUCGUGCGUUCGUAAUGUGCACCACGUAGAAUUUUCAUCUUCAGCCAUUGUUAAAUGUUUCUAAGGUAUUUUAAGUUAAGAAAUUGUUCUUCGAGUUAUUCAUGUGCGUAAUUGUUGAAUACAUUUUUAAUGAAGAUGGAAAUUUAAAAAUUAAUAUAAAAGUAGGAAGUGAUGCAAUUACAAUCUGCAACAUACUCAAUAAAUGUUUUUUAGUUAUUGUAACGAAAGAUGUAUAUUUGAAGAUUUUUAUGAAUUUCUAAAUAUAAAAUAUUUUUGAACUUUCA